GGUCUUCUUUAAGUUUCACCGAACAGUUUAGUGCGUAGAAAUUCAGUCAAGAGCAGCAGUCGGUGUCAAAUGUAUGGUCGCGCUAUAAUUUACCUUCCCCUGUCGUGUAACCGUUGAUUAGGCUACACGCUCCAGAAUUACGCUUUUUCAGCGGCGCUCAACGAUACGUAGAGAGAGAGAGGCAGAGACAGAGAGAUAGAAGGAGACGGGACGUCGUCUGGGAAUUAUCCCUGUGUGUUUCCCCGGUCCUCUCGCAGGUUCACUGAUGUUGCUUUAUUUGGAAGUCCCGGAAGCGUUUGCUGCCCUGCUCAGUUGACUGACAAGAAGGCUUGGGGAAGGGACGCGCAGGGACCAGCUCGUUUGAGGACGUCUGGGAACAAGAAACAGAAAUACAACACUGCCGUAAUAACAUUGAAGAGAACACAGACGCCUCAUAUAGCCCAAAUAUCAGAUGGCAGUCUUGAACCCAGUUACAUGCUUGGCCUGAAGGUCUGUGUCAAUCUACUGUAAACUAUCUGAAGAGAGGCAUCACUGUAAGAGCAUCUGAAAGAAAACCAAGAGGAGACACUCUAAAGCAUCCAAACACUUUUGGAUAAAGUUGGGAAUAAACGCAGAAGCAUGGAGACGCUCGUAGACCGCCUGGAACAGGCUGUGAUUCGCUUGGAGGAGGUGUCUGUCAAGUUACAGGACCGAGGCAUGGCCAAUGGAGACAUGGUGAAUGGAAUAAAUGGAGUCUUGUCGGAGUGGAUGGAGGCGUUUGAUGUGCUCCUGAAGGGACCAGUGGCUGAGUAUCUGAAGCACAGUCGAGCCAUCGGGGACGAUGUCGCCAAACAUGCCGAGAUGGUAAACAGUGCUCUGCAAGUGGAGAGAGCCUUCCUCAAGAUGGCCAGCACACACCAGGAGCCAGCUCAGCAGACGGAGCUAGCUGACCUGUUGCGGCCGCUCUCUGAGAAGAUUCAGGAGGUGCAGAGCUUCCGAGAGAAGCACCGCGGCAGCAACUUCUUCAACCAUCUGUCAGCUAUCAGCGAGAGCAUCCCGGCCCUUGGUUGGGUGGCCAUAGGUCAAAAGCCAGGCCCCUAUGUGAAAGAGAUGAAUGAUGCAGCCAUGUUCUACACCAACAGAGUCCUGAAGGACUACAAAGACUCUGAUGCACGUCAUGUGGACUGGGUGCACUCUUAUCUUAGCAUCUGGACUGAAAUGCAGGAGUUCAUCAAACUGUACCAUGCCACUGGCCUUGCCUGGAGUACAACUGGUCCCAUCGCCCCGGUCUCCCUGUCCGGCCCUGCUCCUGUAGGUCCUUGUCCCCCGCCUCCUCCACCACCCCCCGGCCCUCCGCCAGUCUUCACCGAUGAGGAGGGACCCAAGCAGGGUGGCCCCUCUGCCCAGAGGUCAGCCCUGUUCGCCCAGCUCAACCAGGGAGCGGACAUUACUAAAGUUCUGAAGCACGUGUCUGAUGAGCAGAAGACCCAUAAGAACCCAGGACUGCGGUCUCAGGGUGGACCACAGCAGGGGCAGCAGCAGCAGGCCUCGCCCGCUAAAUCCAAAAACCAGAGGAAGAAACAGAACAAGAAGCACCCCCCUGUGCUGGAGCUGGAGGGGAAGAAGUGGAGAGUGGAGUACCAGGAGCAGGCCCAUGAUCUGGUGAUAGCGGAGACAGAGCUGAAGCAGGUAGUUUAUAUCUUCAGCUGUAACAACUCGACAAUUCAGAUCAAAGGCAAGGUCAACUCCAUCAUCACAGAUAACUGUAAGAAACUGGGCCUAGUGUUUGACAAUGCUGUGGGAAUCGUUGAAAUAAUCAACUCCAAAGACAUUAAGAUUCAGGUGAUGGGGAAAGUACCCACCAUCUCCAUCAACAAGACAGAAGGCUGCCACGUGUACCUGAGCCAAGAGGCACUGGACUGUGAGAUCGUCAGUGCCAAGAGCUCUGAGAUGAACAUCCUUAUACCACAGGGCGAUGAUUAUAGAGAGUUCCCAGUCCCAGAGCAGUUUAAGACCGUCUGGGACGGCUCCAAGCUGGUGACGGAGCCCACAGAGAUGGCUGGCUGAUCUGAUGACUCUUCUCCCCACUCCUGGUCCGCAUCUCUACAAUCAUCUCCUGUCCUCCUCCCUACUCCCCUUCUCUCCCAACUCACUGCACUUUUAAUAGUAAACUCCGUCCAAGAUCAGACCGACUGUGGUAAAAAAAGGGAUUACAACACACAGACACCACUGCUUUAGAUAGGUAUUGGGUUGGAAAUUGAUCUAGGGUUUUACUGCCAAAUGAAAUUGUUUGAAAAGGGACAUUUGGAGGUAAAAUGUCCUCUUCAGAUCCAGCCCGUACAUAGCAAUUGAUAUAUUCCCUAUAGGCACUUUCAAUGCGUAGUUUGAGUAUUAUGAAAGGUCCCAUUUGUCAAAACCAUUGUAGUUAUUUUUCAUCUACCUGCAUUUUAUUUGUCUGCAAUUAUGAUUGUGCUAUACUCUUGACAAAAAAAAUCUUCUUAAUAAUUGUAAUGAGGCCUUUCUACCACUCAUUGUUCAAAACCAGUUUCAGAUUCAAUUGGUCCACUGUUCUACAUUUUCGCCCCAUUUUUUAAAAAACAAUUGAUUCUCAGACAUUUUUUAUACAUCAUUUGAUUGUGUGGAUUUUUGUGUGCAUUUUUUUAUUUUACAAGUAGUUCUCAUAAUUUUUCGAUUCAAGAUUCAACCACAAAAGUUGCUGAGUGAUGAUCACUGAGAGAAAUCUUUUGUGCCAAGGAUGAUACAGCAUUGAAGAGUAUCUGUUUUUUUAAGCAAGAAGUAGGGGUUAUCAAUUUUCAGUGGCAGAUAGUUUUAUCUCGACAAAUGUAAUGUUUUCAUUGAGGUGUACCAUCACUCACAAUUUAUUUGGCAAAUUUUAUAACUGUCAAGUCACUGGUUCUAUAUAGCAGACCAAUUCUGAGGGGUAAGUUAUGAAGUUGGCUCAACAAGUUAGCUGGCUAACUUUUGUGGUGUAUUCCGGUAAGCAGAAUUGACAAGUGAUGGGCUCCAUACAAAUCUGGACAAUGUAUGAGAAAUCCAAUGCCUAAAUCGUACUUAUGAAAAAGCUGGAUAUGUGGUCUAGAUAGGCACAGAAAAAAAGUCUAAUUUGAUUUUGUUUAAUGACAGGAUCAUACCGGUUGGAUAUGUUGUGAAAUGUGUUGAAAAGGAAAGCAGCAAUUCACUAUAAUGCCACUAUGAUCACAAGUUCCCUGGUGUGUUGUGUCUGUCUGUUGCUUAAAAUGCAAAAAAAAAAAAAAAAACUUAAAUGACUUCA